AUGGCGACCCGGGGGGUUCGUGUGUGGAGACGCACGGACGUCACUCUUCCCCCCUCGUUUCUCAUCGAGCACUCCAGGAAUGAGACCUGUCUCCUCUUCGAAAAUAAUGCUUCUCUGGAAAUUUCCCGUCCACAAUUCGAAGACUGGAAGCAGGGCUAUUUGAAGAUCUCCGAUUCAUACGGCUUGAUAGGAAUAUUGAGGACCAAAGAGGAGAGCUACCUGCUCACCGUCAAGGGUGUGCUUUCGGCCGGACAACUGCAUAAUAGCGAUAUUUACAAGAUUACCAUGACUGAAUUCAUACCCCUUCGCGCGAUUGGAUUGGCUGAGAAUAUAGAUUUGCGAAUCCCGGAGCUCCAAAAACUGAUCUCGUCGGGAAUGUUUUAUUUCUCUUCCUCUCCGGACUACGAUCUCACUUUAUGCGCCCAAAAGCGCUCCGAAAAUGCGGAGAGUGACGAACGAUUCUUCUGGAAUCGGAGCCUGCAUUUCCCGCUUCAGCGAUUCGGUAUCGAUUCAAAGCAGUGGUUUCUGAAGUGCAUCAGCGGAUCGGUAUUGGUGCGAACGGUCUAUGUCGGGGCCAAGACGGGGAAGGUUGCGUUGCUUUCCCGGUUGAGCUGCGAACGGGUUGGCACUCGGUUCAAUGUUCGCGGAGCCAAUGACAUGGGACAUGUCGCUAAUUUUGUCGAAACCGAACAGUUGAUCCUCUUCGAUAAUCAAGAAUCCUCAUUUGUUCAAAUACGUGGCUCAAUACCUCUUUUCUGGGAUCAGCCGGGCCUGCAGGUCGGUUCUCAUAAAGUAAAGCUACGUGCUUUUGAAGCUUCCGCUCCCGCAUAUAAAAGGCACUUCCUCUCUUUGGAAAAGAACUACAAGGACAUCGUGGUUACCCAGCACAAAAAGACCAAAUUGUUGGACACGGUGCCUUUUAUUGAAUUCGAUUAUCAUGCCCGCAUGAAGGCGUCCCGGGAAAACAUCAACUAUUUGAAAAAGGAUCUCCAGAGAUACGUUGAUCAGCACGGAUUCUUUCAUUGCGUUGAUGGCAAAGUCUUGCGGACCCAAUCCGGUGUCGUUCGAACAAAUUGCCUGGACUGUUUGGACCGGACGAACAGCGUCCAGACGGUCUUGGGGAUUCAGUCGGUUGGGAACCAAGUGACUGCCAUGCGCAUCGAGUCUGCCAACGUAAAUAUGCAGCAGCGCUUCGAGGAGACGUUAAAGGACGUCUGGGUCCGGAAUGGCGACCAAUGUAGCAUCAUCUACGCGGGAACGGGAGCGCUCGAAGGGAAGAGCAAGGCCUCACAAUAUCGCAACUUUUAUUUU